CCCCGGGCGCGGCCGGGACGAGCCUCCGGAGAGCUACCCUCAACGACAGGACCACGAACUACAGGCCCUGGAGGCCAUCUACGGCGCGGACUUCCAAGACCUGCGGCCGGACGCUUGCGGACCGGUCAAAGAGCCCCCUGAAAUCAAUUUAGUUUUGUACCCCCAAGGCCUAACUGGUGAAGAAGUAUAUGUAAAAGUGGAUUUGAGGGUUAAAUGUCCACCUACCUAUCCAGAUGUAGUUCCUGCAAUAGAGUUAAAAAAUGCCAAAGGUCUAUCAAAUGAAAGUGUUAAUUUGUUAAAAUCUCGCCUAGAAGAACUGGCCAAGAAACACUGUGGGGAGGUGAUGAUCUUUGAACUGGCUUACCACGUGCAGUCAUUUCUCAGUGAGCAUAACAAGCCCCCUCCCAAGUCUUUUCACGAAGAAAUGCUGGAAAGGCGGGCUCAGGAGGAGCAGCAGAGGCUGUUGGAAGCCAAACGGAAAGAAGAGCAGGAGCAACGUGAAAUCCUACAUGAGAUCCAGAGAAGGAAAGAAGAGAUAAAAGAAGAGAAAAAAAGGAAAGAAAUGGCUAAGCAGGAACGUUUGGAAAUUGCUAGUUUGUCAAACCAAGAUCAUACCUCUAAGAAGGACCCAGGAGGACACAGAACAGCUGCCGUUCUACAUGGAGGCUCUCCUGACUUUGUAGGAAAUGGUAAACAUCGGGCAAAUUCCUCAGGAAGGUCGAGGCGAGAACGACAGUAUUCUGUAUGUAAUAGUGAAGAUUCUCCUGGCUCUUGUGAAGUUCUGUAUUUCAAUAUGGGGAGUCCUGAUCAGCUCAUGGUGCACAAAGGGAAAUGUAUUGGCAGUGAUGAACAACUUGGGAAAUUAGUCUACAAUGCUUUGGAAACAGCCACUGGCGGCUUUGUCUUGUUGUAUGAAUGGGUCCUUCAGUGGCAGAAAAAAAUGGGUCCAUUCCUUACCAGUCAAGAAAAAGAGAAGAUUGAUAAGUGCAAAAAGCAGAUUCAAGGAACAGAAACAGAAUUCAACUCACUGGUGAAAUUGAGCCAUCCAAAUGUAGUACGCUACCUGGCAAUGAAUCUCAAAGAGCAAGACGACUCCAUCGUGGUGGACAUUUUAGUGGAGCACAUUAGUGGGGUCUCUCUUGCUGCACACCUGAGCCACUCAGGCGCCAUCCCUGUGCACCAGCUUCGCAGGUACACAGCUCAGCUCCUGUCAGGCCUUGAUUAUCUGCACAGCAAUUCUGUGGUGCAUAAGGUCCUGAGUGCAUCUAAUGUCUUGGUGGAUGCAGAAGGCACCGUCAAGAUUACGGACUAUAGCAUUUCUAAGCGCCUCGCAGACAUUUGCAAGGAGGAUGUGUUUGAGCAAACCCGAGUUCGUUUUAGUGACAAUGCUCUGCCUUAUAAAACGGGGAAGAAAGGAGAUGUUUGGCGUCUUGGCCUCCUGCUGCUGUCCCUCAGCCAAGGACAGGAAUGUGGAGAGUACCCUGUGACCAUCUCUAGUGACUUACCAGCUGACUUUCAAGAUUUUCUAAAGAAAUGUGUGUGCUUGGAUGACAAGGAAAGAUGGAGUCCCCAGCAGUUGUUGAAACACAACUUUAUAAAUCCUCAGCCAAAAACGCCUCUAGUGGAACAAAGUCCUGAAGAUUCUGGAGGACAAGAUUAUGUUGAGACUGUCAUUCCUAGCAACCAGCUACCCAGUGCUGCCUUCUUUAGUGAGACACAGAGACAGUUUUCCCGAUACUUCAUUGAGUUUGAAGAAUUACAGCUUCUUGGUAAAGGAGCUUUCGGAGCUGUCAUCAAGGUGCAGAACAAGUUGGAUGGCUGCUGCUACGCGGUGAAGCGCAUCCCCAUCAACCCGGCCAGCCGGCAAUUCCGCAGGAUCAAGGGCGAGGUGACACUGCUGUCACGGCUGCACCAUGAGAAUAUUGUGCGCUACUACAACGCCUGGAUCGAGCGGCACGAGCGGCCGGCGGGACCGGGGACGCCGCCCCCGGACUCCGGGCCCCUAGCCAAGGAUGAGCGAGCUGAGCGCGGGCAGCUGGCGAGCGACACGGACGGCCCGGACAGCGUGGAGGCCGCCGCGCCGCCACCCAUCCUCAGCAGCUCGGUGGAGUGGAGUACUUCGGGCGAGCGCUCGGCCAGCGCCCGCUUCCCCGCCACCGGCCCGGGCUCCAGCGACGACGAGGACGACGACGAGGACGAGCACGGUGGCGUCUUCUCCCAGUCCUUCCUGCCUGCUUCAGAUUCUGAAAGUGAUAUUAUCUUUGACAAUGAAGAUGAGAACAGUAAAAGUCAGAAUCAGAUGGAGUACUGUGAGAAGAGCACUUUACGGGACACCAUUGACCAGGGACUGUAUCAAGACACCAUCAGACUCUGGAGACUUUUUCGAGAGAUUCUGGAUGGAUUAGCUUAUAUCCAUGAGAAAGGAAUGAUUCACCGGGAUUUGAAGCCUGUCAACAUUUUUUUGGAUUCUGAUGACCAUGUGAAAAUAGGUGAUUUUGGUUUGGCAACAGACCAUCUAGCCUUUUCUGCUGACAGCAAACAAGACGAUCAGACAGGAGACUUGAUUAAGUCAGACCCUUCAGGUCACUUAACUGGGAUGGUUGGCACUGCUCUCUAUGUAAGCCCAGAGGUCCAAGGAAGCACCAAAUCUGCAUACAACCAGAAAGUGGAUCUCUUCAGCCUGGGAAUUAUCUUCUUUGAGAUGUCCUAUCACCCCAUGGUCACGGCUUCAGAAAGGAUCUUCGUUCUCAACCAACUCAGAGAUCCCACUUCGCCUAAGUUUCCAGAAGACUUUGAUGAUGGAGAGCAUGCAAAGCAGAAAUCCGUCAUCUCCUGGCUGUUAAACCACGAUCCGGCAAAACGGCCUACAGCCACAGAACUGCUCAAGAGUGAGCUGCUGCCCCCGCCCCAGAUGGAGGAGUCAGAGCUGCAUGAAGUGCUGCACCACACGCUGACCAACGUGGAUGGGAAGGCCUACCGCACCAUGAUGGCUCAGAUCUUCUCCCAACGCAUCUCUCCUGCCAUCGAUUACACCUAUGACAGCGACAUACUGAAGGGCAACUUCUCAAUCCGUACAGCCAAGAUGCAGCAGUAUGUGUGUGAAACCAUCAUCCGCAUCUUUAAAAGACAUGGAGCGGUUCAGUUGUGUACCCCACUACUGCUUCCCCGAAACAGACAAAUAUAUGAGCACAACGAAGCUGCCCUAUUCAUGGACCACAGCGGGAUGCUGGUGAUGCUUCCUUUUGACCUGCGGAUCCCUUUUGCAAGAUAUGUGGCAAGAAAUAAUAUAUUGAAUUUAAAACGAUACUGCAUAGAACGUGUGUUCAGGCCGCGCAAGUUAGAUCGAUUUCAUCCCAAAGAGCUUCUGGAGUGUGCAUUUGAUAUUGUCACUUCUACCACCAACAGCUUUCUGCCCACUGCUGAAAUUAUCUACACUAUCUAUGAAAUCAUCCAAGAGUUUCCAGCACUUCAGGAAAGAAAUUACAGUAUUUAUUUGAACCAUACCAUGUUAUUGAAAGCAAUACUCUUACACUGUGGGAUCCCAGAAGACAAACUCAGUCAAGUCUACAUUAUUCUGUAUGAUGCUGUGACAGAGAAGCUGACGAGGAGAGAAGUGGAAGCUAAAUUUUGUAAUCUGUCUUUGUCUUCUAAUAGUCUGUGUCGACUCUACAAGUUUAUUGAACAGAAGGGAGAUUUGCAAGAUCUAAUGCCAACAAUCAAUUCAUUAAUAAAACAGAAAACAGGUAUUGCGCAGUUGGUGAAGUAUGGCUUAAAAGACCUAGAGGAGGUUGUUGGACUGUUGAAGAAACUCGGCAUCAAGUUACAGGUCUUGAUUAAUUUGGGCUUGGUUUACAAGGUGCAGCAGCACAAUGGAAUCAUCUUCCAGUUUGUGGCAUUCAUCAAACGAAGGCAAAGGGCUGUACCUGAAAUCCUCGCAGCUGGAGGCAGAUAUGACCUGCUGAUUCCCCAGUUUAGAGGGCCACAAGCUCUGGGGCCAGUUCCCACUGCCAUUGGGGUCAGCAUAGCUAUAGACAAGAUAUCUGCUGCUGUCCUCAACAUGGAGGAACCUGUUACAAUAGGCUCUUGUGACCUCCUGGUUGUAAGUGUUGGCCAGAUGUCGAUGUCCAGGGCCAUCAACCUAACCCAGAAACUCUGGACAGCAGGCAUCACAGCAGAAAUCAUGUACGACUGGUCGCAGUCCCAAGAGGAAUUACAAGAGUACUGCAGACAUCAUGAAAUCACCUAUGUGGCCCUUGUCUCGGAUAAAGAAGGAAGCCAUGUCAAGGUUAAGUCUUUCGAGAAGGAAAGGCAGACAGAGAAGCGUGUGCUGGAGACUGAACUUGUGGACCAUGUACUGCAGAAACUGAGGACUAAAGUCAGUGAUGAAAGGAAUGGCAGAGAAGCUUCCGAUAAUCUUGCAGUGCAAAAUCUGAAGGGGUCAUUUUCUAAUGCUUCAGGUUUGUUUGAAAUCCAUGGAGCAACAGUGGUUCCCAUCGUGAGUGUGCUAGCCCCAGAGAAGCUGUCAGCCAGCACUAGGAGGCGGUAUGAAACUCAGGUACAAACUCGACUUCAGACCUCCCUUGCCAACUUACAUCAGAAAAGCAGUGAAAUUGAAAUUCUGGCUGUGGAUCUACCCAAAGAAACAAUAUUACAGUUUUUAUCAUUAGAGUGGGAUGCUGAUGAACAGGCAUUUAACACAACUGUGAAGCAGCUGCUGUCACGCCUGCCAAAGCAAAGAUACCUCAAAUUAGUCUGUGAUGAAAUUUAUAACAUCAAAGUAGAAAAAAAGGUGUCUGUGCUAUUUCUGUAUAGCUAUAGAGAUGAUUACUACAGAAUCUUAUUUUAACCCUAAAGAACUGUCAUUAACCUCAUUCAAACAGAGGCUUAUACUGGAAUAACGGAAUAUUGUACAUUCAUAAUAAUUUAAAACUAAAUUCUAAGAGGCUAGGUGCAGUGGCUCACACCUGUAAUCCCAGCACUUUGGGAAGCCAAGGCAGGAAGAUUGCUUGAAACCAGGAGUUUGAGACCAGCCUGAGCAACAAAGCAAGACCCCAUCUCUAUAAAAACUGAAAAAAUUAGUUGGGCACGGUGGCACAUGCCUGUAGUCUCAGCUACUCCAGAGGCUGAGAUGGAUCAUCUGAGCCUUAGGAGGUUGAGGCUGCAGUGAGCUGUGACUGCGCCACUGCACUCCAACCUGGGACAACAGAGCAAGACCCUGUCUUUUAAAAAAAAAAAAAAAUUUUCUAAGAAGCUGUCCUACAAAGUUGAGCUUUGUUAGUUUUUCAUGUGUAAUAUAAAUUUAUCUUUUGGGAUAUAAUAAAUGCUUUCAUAUACCUGC